GAAGACAGACAGACAAUCAGUGAGUUAAUUGCGGUACCAUAUCCGCAACAUUAUUGCCUUAUCUGACAGAGUUCCCGGCAACUGCCAGAUAAGGGUCUAAAAAUAUGGACACGCAACCGCUAAAUUCCCGAAAGCCAGAGAAGAGCCUCGGAAAAACAAAAUACAUCUUAGAAUAAGCAAAUACUUGUCUUAUGACCAGCUAUAUUCGGAGUAAGUUUGAACAGUUUUCUUUUCUUUUCUUUUCUUUUUUCCUCUUUCGAAGCUAGACAAUAUACACCCCGCGGCGCCAAGACCGAUAAAUAGACAGUCGUGUUCUUGUGUCGACUGGUCACGCAAGGAACGGGAACCCACGAUCGAUUCAUCAUUAGAACUCUCGCCCUGCGUGGGUAUCGAUAGAGCUGUUAUGUUGUUUCUCCCUCCAUUCCGACAUCCCAUGUGAUUUCAUUAGUGUUACCUGAUACGCGUAGAGGAGCUGAUAACGUUUAUCUCCGUGGCUGAAGUCUGUCGAGCGGCAGUCGGGGUUUCUACGAGCCAUAGCGAGUGCGUGUGUGUGCGUCACAUGUUGGCGUUCUAGUAAUAACAUCUAGAUUCAGAAUUCGGAGAGUAAAAUCUAGUGUGCAUUGCUUUUGACGCUUUCUCGAGGAACACGAUUUUAACAAGGGAUCACAUUUCUCCUUAUUAUCGCUGUGAUUAUUUGUUAGUUUUUUUUUAUUACCGUAAUCAAAGAAUUGUCUGAAGCAUCAUCGGUGAAAAGUGUGACCAGUUUUCUUCCUCUUGAUCGUGGCAGCUCCUUUUCAGUGUCUCCUGUAACACGGAUUUUCACUUAAAAACGCGGCGCAGGUGAUGGGCGGGUAGGCGGCAGGAUGCCCCGAGUAUCACUCCGUCGUGGGCUGCUCUACCUCUCGGCCUUCACCACCUUCUCGCUCCUGCUGGUGACGGUGCAGCAGCCGGGGGGCGCGUGGCUCUCGAACCCCGCCGCCUCUCCCAUCACCCUCCGGCGGGCGCCCCGCGUCGACCACCCCGUCAUAGUGGUGGAUGAUGCGGUGGAGAGCGGCGCCCACCCCGCCCAUGACGCGGACGACGCCGCAGGGGCCGAGUCAGCCCACCCUCGCGAGGUGUACCCGAGGGUCCUGGCCUCGGCGCCCCGCCCGGAGCCCCUGCCGAACGUCACCCUCACGACGCUGCCCCCGGCGAGGCGCCCCUGGUACCUGAGCGGGGGCGAGCUACGGCCCGAGGUGCCCGUGGAGGGCGAGCAGUGGGUGCGGACGCAGCGGAUCUGGCCCGACGAGAACCCCAGCGACCGCAUCGUGGAGCAGCUCAUGUUCCGGCCGCCGCUGCCGCCGCCCCUCGAGGACCACCCCGACCCGGCCGCCUCCGACAAGGCGCCGCUGCAGUACAAGAAGAUCCUCAUGUACAACGGCAUGAACUCGUGGGGCCUCCGGGCGGGCAUGGGGCAGUUCCUCAAGCUGAAGUGCCCCGUGGACACGUGCGUGCUGACGGGGAGCCGCUCCGAGCUGUCGUCCGCCGACGCCAUCCUGUUCAAGGACCACUUCGCGAUGCCCCCGCACAAGCGCGACCCCCGCCAGGUGUGGAUCAUGUUCAUGCUGGAGUGCCCGCUGCACACGCAGAACUUCGCCAACAAGAACGUGUUCAACUGGACGGCCACCUACCGCCACGACUCCGACAUCGUGGCUCCCUACGAGAAGUGGGUGUACUACGACCCCAACAUCCGGCAGAAGACGCAGGAGAUCAACUACGCGGCCAACAAGACCAAGCAGGUGGCCUGGUUCGUGUCCAACUGCGGCGCGCGCAACAACCGCCUCCAGUACGCCAAGGAGCUGGGCAGGUACAUCGGCGUCGACAUCUACGGGGCGUGCGGCGUCAAGCGGUGCCCCCGCUCGAACUCCGCCAAGUGCUUCGAGAUGCUGAACAAGGACUACAAGUUCUACCUCGCCUUCGAGAACUCCAACUGCCGUGACUACAUCACCGAGAAGUUCUUCGUCAACGGCCUCAGGGGUCUCCCGAAUCAGAAGAGCCACCACAUCCUUCCUAUAGUGAUGGGGGCUCACCCGAACGACUACGCGAGGCAGGCACCCGAGAAGUCGUACAUCCACGUUGACGACUUCGAGUCUCCCAAGGAGCUGGCUGACUUCCUGCACAUCCUCGACCAGAAUGACGACCUCUAUAAUGAGUACUUUAGGUGGAAGGGCACAGGUGAAUUCAUUAAUACGUACUUUAUGUGUCGCCUCUGCUCCAUGCUCCAUGACGAGGGCCAUCAACAGCACUAUGAGGACGUCAAUCUCUGGUGGCGUGGCGCUGGUACCUGCAUCAAUGGAUCUUGGAGAAAAUAUGAUAAGUUGAAAAAUGAAGGAGAUAAGAAAAAAGCAGGAGAUGGCUGAGGGUAGAGAUGCAGUAGUGGAGAAGCAAUGAUAAUGAUGAUGAUGAUGAUGAUGAUGAUGAUGACGACGACGACCUUUGAUUUCUGUGCAUCAAAGGAAAAUUGGUAUCAGGGUAGCAUUUUUUUUUCUUUUCUUUUUUUUUUUCUUUUUUUUUUUCAAGCAAUAUGGAUGAUGACUCCAGCACAGGGAUUUGUCUGGAUGUGUGUACUUAAUUUUUGUGAGUGUUUCUGCACAGUUUUCUGUUCCAAAUCAUUCCAUGGGCUUGGAUAUGUGUCAUUUUUCCGUGGUUGAGAAAAAGAGAAAAGAACACUUCUAUUGAAAAUGCAUCUUCAUCAAUUUCCCAGUGGACCUUUAAAUUUCUAUACAUGAAUAAAUGGAGACAUUGCUGCAUUGGCAAUAGCACCUGUCAGUGCAGCAAGGGUAUAGAUAUGGUAUUGUGCUAGAAGGAAAGACAUUUUUCAUUGUACAUAAAAUUGGAUAGAGCACUUCUGAAGAGACUACUUCGGUUACAUAGAGAUUCAAAGUGAUUGUUCACUUGUGAUGUGAAAAGGCCAGUGUUGGCACAACUUCAAGAGUUGGCCGAUAGUUGAUAGAAAUGGAAGGGAAUAUAUUGUCAUAAUUUAAAAAAAUGGAUGUGGUAUGCUACAAUUCUUUGGGUGAAAGAGCUCUCCAGAUACAACCAUGAAAUAUAAGGCAUUUUACAGGGUUGGGAUUCACCCUUUCUGGUUGUGGAAAACAAUGCAUUCAUUUGCAUAUUGGUUGUACCAGAGAUUAAUUAUUUUUUUGCAGGUGUUCUGUGAAUGAAUCUGGAUAUACUGAACAUAUCUGUUAAGAGAAGUACUGCAUAUUUGGAAAUUAAUCAGACAUUAAAGAAAACUCGUCUAAUACAAUAUUAUAUUUCAUAGGCAGUAUGAUUAGCACUAUGUUAACACUCAAACAUCAACUUCAGCAUUGUCCACCAGUUUCACGUGAAGUAAAGAGGUGAUGCAAUAGACCAAAGAAAGUCUGCUGUAAUCAAGAUAUCUGCUUAGCUUGUAGCCCCUUCUCUUUGAAGGGUGAAUUCAUCACACCUUUUUUUUAUGAAUAUGUUACUCCUGUGUAUACUGUCUUGAUUACUGUUGAGCUACUUAACAGUAAUGGCAUAACAUAAUAGUAAUGACAUAGUGAGCUUCUAAUAUGAAGGUGCAUCAUUUUGUGUGAAUCUUGAAAGUGCUCCAGUGCACUGUUAAUGUAAUAAAUUUUCUUGUUGGUCAUUCUUUGUUAAUAUCAAGUAGGAAAUUUUACUGUUUGUUAUAAAUAACUUACCAGUAAUAUUCCAUGAAACUCAGAUGAUACAAUAGGCUGCAGUAUUUAGAAUUAGGCUCUUGACAGUGCUAAACUUUUAUUCAGUUUUCAAUCAUUUAUGUACAUUGGCAGAAUAUGAGCUAUUGUGAUUAGACUUUGUUUUAGCUUAAUUAGAUUGCAUUUAUUAAACAGUGUGAGGUUAAAAACUUGCAUAAUAUUUAUAUGAUACACCCUCAUUGUUUUUUGAGAAUCUUGAAACCAGGCAUAAUUUUAUUCCACUAGAUUUUAUUCAGACUUUAAUAUUUGUUGCACGUUUGUUAUGUUAUAUGCGCUGUGAUAUCAGUCUUAAUUAGUGGUAGUGUUUAUGAGACCAAGUUAAUGGUCUUUGAUGAUUGUAUAUCAGGUCAGGGGAUCCUUUUGUAUGAUUGAAACUAUGCUUUAUCAUGGGAAUGUAAGAUUUAAAUGCACAUUCACACUCAUUUUUCAAAACAUCUUACAUGCAUAAUCUUUCUCAUGGUUGCAUUUCCACAAGCACACACUCACUCACUCACUCACUCACACUCACGAACACACAUUCACACUAACACUCACUCACUCAUUUUUUCUGUAUUCCUCUAUCUAUCAUUUACAGAUAAACAUUCUCAUGCAGAUGUCGUUUAAAGGAAGCUAAUUCACACUCACACCAAAAGCUUAGGAUUUUUCUAAUUGUCAUGAGGCAUAUUCCAGUGAUCCUAUAUUCAAGUGUGAUAAUGUGUUUGCUAGGAUGUAUACAGAACAUUUAUUUAUUUAUUCUGAUUGUGUUUUUCUUAUAAGUGAUAGGAACAUUCUUUUAGUAUUAAUUUGAAAGUCCAGAGUAUUUUUUCGUGGGAUUAUAUAUGAGUCCAACUUCUAUCAGUCAAGAUAAAUGUGAUAUUGCAUUUGUAGAUGUGGAAGAGCCAGCUAUUGCUAUCAGAUUUUUGGAGUUGGAUUUUUUUUUUCUAUAUCUAAAAAAAUGCAGUCUGUUGUGACAUAAGACCAUUUCUUGAAACUAUUAUUGAUAUAUGUAUCCACAAGAUACUGAACCAUGAAAUAUUUCAGUAUAAUUUUAUGGAUGCUAAGGAAAAACUAUGUUUAGCUCGAUCUUUUACAUUACCCCAGUGGUGAAAUCUCACCCUGUGUGAGGUAUGCGUGAGCUAAUCAGGUUUUCUUCACUAAAAAAGUAUUUAUAUAUAUACAGUAUAUGAGAUCCACCAAAGUCAUUUCUGAAUACUUCAGUAAAUUACUGUACAUAUACACAUACAUGUGAACUUCCAAAACCAUAACAGUGAAUGAAUCAGAAGGAAGGGUAUGAUAGAAAAAGUAUGUGUUUGAAAUGAAGCAAGUCUGUUCCCCAAACUGAAUCAAAUAUCUUUAGUUCCUCUUUCUUCCUAUAUUUUAACUAAUAUUUUUUUAUUUAGAUACUGUGAUUUCUCUAUGAUAAAAUGCUUAUUUUGUUAGCUUAGAAUACCUUUUUAAAGAAAUGAGUUCAUAUACCACCCAGUAUAUGGUAAAAUAUGAACAACACUUGAGACUUAUAAGCUUCAAUACCUGCCAUAAAAGUGACCAUCAUUGAUAAUGUUGGUGUGUAACAACUAACUCAUUUAAAAUUUAGAAUGAUGUAUACUGAAACUUUUUAUUCAUACAAAUGGAAUACAGAUUUUUCUCCCUCUGGUACAGAUAAAUAAUCAGUUAUGUUAAAAAUUCUUUUCAUUAAAUGUUUUUCGGGUGUUAUGAGGUUUUGUUAUUACUAUGGUCAUAAUUUUGAUGGCUAUGCCUUGUAAGGGUUUUGAUUGAUAUAGAAUUUUUUAUUAUAAAGUUUAUGGUAUAAAUGCUUAUUGUUAGUCAGUGACCGGUAUGCAGAUAUAAUUAACUGACAACAAAGGUUAUAUGAAAGUUUGCUUGUCCAAAUAUGUUUACAGACCAAUUGCCUGAAAAAGCAUAUAUUAGAUAAUUUGUUAGCUUAAUAUUUUCAUCUGCAACAAAAGCAUAGGUAUGUUCACAUUAAUGUCUCUGUAGUGCAUAAAUGUGAGCAUAUUGAUGCCUAUGUUAUUGAUGAAAAUUUAACCAACAAAACAUUAAAUGAACACAUUUUGGACAGUUGGUCUAAGAACACCUUUUGAACAUGUGUGACCUCAUAUAGCUUCAAUAUGGGCAUGUCUGUCAAUUCAUGUAGGUAUAUUCAUUGACAUUCCUGGCAGAGUUUAAAAUGAGAAGGUGAAAAUCCUGUUCUUCAUAUCACUUCAUGCAUUUCUUAUCACAGCAAACAGAAAGGAUGCAUAGCAUUUUCAUUGAUGAAAAUAUUACAGAGAAAGUCUUAAAGCUUGAUAAUAUAACUUUAGCAAAGCUGCUGUUUAUUAAUGGAUGUCAUAGCAUAAAUGUACCAUACAGGGAUUUUGUAUUGAACUCUGGCAGUUGUCAUUAGCUUUGGCAUGUUUUAUGGAUCUUCAUGUGUAGUCUCAAGGUAUAGAAGGAAGAGAAAACCAGGAAACCAGGACAGCACAUGAUUCUGUUAGCUCAGGUUUUCUCGCUGUUAUAUUUUCCCUUUCCUCAUGAUUCUUUCCCAGAUAAGGGUACCCUAAAAGUGUUUGUUUUUUAAUCUUCCUUAUCUCAGAAAAUGCAUUCCAUUUAGAGUUUUAGUUUUUUGUAAUUUAUUUGUAUUAUUUUAUAUUGAAUAUGUUGGGGUGUAAAAAGAAAAAAAAAGUUAUGUAUUUUUGUACUUAAUCUUAAAUGAUUUGGAAACGAAGAUUGAAAGAUCUUUGUAUGCCCGAACUACCUAUCUCCUGCUUUGUUACACAUUAACACUUGUUAUAUUGACAGUCCACCAUCUUUUUUUUCUUCUUCUUCUUCCUCUUAAUCAUUGUAAGGUCUCAUCCAUUUCCGAGACAUGACAACAGUGAAAAAAAGGACAUUCCUCUUCAGAUAGUAAUAGAUUGCAAGCAUUGCCAUCCUUGAGCUUCUAUUGGCAUAAUAUACCCAAAUCUUUUAAGCUGUUUGCAUUGUAGGCUAUUUGUUUUCAAUUAGUCUCUGCAUCCUUAGCAAAUUUUAAAAAUUAAUAGAUCUAGAAAAGAAUAGUUCAACUCAAUUCACAUUGCUUAUGAGUAAUAUAGUAGUAACACUCACUGCUGAGGUAAAAGUUUUAAACUUUUAUUUUGUUUCCUUGUUUUAUUUGACAAGAUGAGGGAAAGGCUCAGUUCUGCAAUUCUGAGUCAUUAUUUAUACCAUUUUUGGGUGUUUACUAUUAUGUAGCAUUGUCUAACUGGGUCCUUCAUGUUCAGACAUUACUGUUUUCCAAUAUGAUUCCGAAUCUAUUGGUAUUUCUGUCCUAGUUGGUAAUACAUGUGUGGGGAUAUGAUUAUAUGGUGCAGUCACUACAUUCUUAUUCUGUGUGUCAGAUUUCCAUGUGUGUUUUGAUUGCCAACUUUAAUUUAGAAGUUUUAUAACUGAUAGGUAUUAUGUUUCCAAAGACACUGCAGUACAUGGGUGAACAUGUGCUGCAGAACUAGACCAAGAAAUAUAUUUUAAAAAAUCACAUCACUUUCAUUUAAUGCCAUUUUCUGAUAUUAGGAAUAACAUAAUUGUAUCUAUUCAGUCUUUUUUUCCUCUAUAUUUAGAUAACUAUAACCAUUGCUUCUUGUAUCAAUGAUAAUAGAUUGUUGUAAUGUUUAUUAGCAGAAAAUCCUCUUUAGUAUGACUGAUCUUAACUUCAGUUGCUCAUUAUAACAUCACAGUCAAUAGUUGAUAUUUCCACCUUUGGUUAAUGAUAACUCAGGGUACGGGGUCCUGACAGGGGUUGCACUUUUGGCUCACAUUUUUCUAAUAAAUUUGGUGCUCGCUGAUAUAUGUUAUGGGAGUAACGUUUUUCUUCCCAUGGCUUCAAUCUUGUUUAGAUUAUAUACUUUUUCUUCUUGUGUUGGGAAAUCUUUAUGACUUUAUUGAUUCUUCGUUAGUUUGUUCAAAUAUUAGAAUGCACUGAUGCAGAAAGUUUGGUAUUUUAUUAAUUUUGAAAAUAGUAUAUGUCAAAAAAGUUUAAAUAUCAGCACAAAUAUAUCUUCCUUUCUAUCUUUCUUUCUUUAUGACGUAUUCAGAGUUGUGGCAUUAUUUUUACAGUGAAUGAUUUUUUUUUAUUAUUAUUAUUUUAUGUGCUUUGUAUUGUUUGUGUGGCAGUGUGGCAAUGUGUUUUAACUUAUCAAUAUUUAGAAAAUAUGUAUGAUUUGUACAUAAUAAAAUGUAGUAAAUGAAA